AUGUCAGUCCGCGAGCUGGAUCUCGUCCCACCACUUUUCGAACAAGGGCAUGCCAAAGACUUCGUCGAAUCCGGCCAGACGAUUUCUUUUGCGCUCUCUUCCCGAUCCAACUCUAUGACAAUAUUUGCAGCUCCUGUCCAGCAUGAUCUGAAAGGUUUUUCGAGGGGAAGAUUCGAACUGGAGCAAGACAUUUAUUUCGCCUCGUGGAACCAGCCUCCAACAGGUGAAAGGCGCGCAUUUGUCUCCGACACGUCCAGAAUUUUCAUUCUUGUAGUCAAGAAGGCCGAAGAAAUCACGAACUCUGAAGCUGAUCUAUUGCGGUCACCGGAUAACCUCGCGUCCUUCCGGAAGCUUGCAGACGAUUAUAUCGUGCACAUUCAAGAUUGCUGGAUUCAUUCUAUACACGCAGCAUCAAGCAAGGAUCCUAUAGCUGAGUUUAUCGGCGAUCACUAUAGGUCUCUUUAUUCGACCUUUUCACUAUUUAAGAUCCUUUAUCUUCCGGAAGAGGGUAUCGAAGACGUGCCUGUGGGAGAUGAGUUACUUGAAUGGCUCAAUACCCACUUCAUCGAACCAUCCACGGAAGAAGGUGACCGGCUGAGUAGUCUUGAACGACCUUGGGAAGACGACGUAUUCUGGCCGUAUCUCUUACGGGCAACCAUUCGAGGGCUGUCGAAAUCUUCUACCUUCUUUCUUCGGAACCUCUCAAACCAUCCGUCGGAGAAUCUCCAACGAAUAGCCCACAAGCUCGUGGAGAUAUUAGAGAAGCAUCCCCGCCAAAAAUCUUUUGGUACGGAGAAGGAAUUCUCCACAAAAUCCCGACGCUGGAGGGAUACCGUGAAAGCUCUGCGCAUCGAGCUUGAUCGUGUCCCAGAGGGUGACAGAAGUGAUGGGUUCGAAAAUUGGUGGGAGAACGUCAGCGAUUUGCUUGGUAUCCUUGAGGGGAGGGAGGAGGUCGUACAGCGCGUCUGCGUCGACCUUGGUGGCAACUGGAAGGAGAUUGUAUGUGUCUACGGAAUAUGGAUAGACAUUAACCUCCGGAGGAAUGACCUUCCCGAUAUUGUAGACAGGGUUCUGUCAAGAGUGCCAGCCGACCCGACAGACAAGGAAGAUGCUUUGCAUUCUGAAUUGUGUCAGGGUCGUAUCAAACAAGCACUGAAUAUUGCACACGACCUGGAUCCAUGGCUUCCCGCACAUCUUGUGGAUAUAAUGACCUCAGUGGGUUUACUUGAAACCGAUACUGACGAUGAGACAGGCAUGUCCAUCCGUGAUUACUAUAUCCUAUCAUAUGCAGACUACCUGCAAUCCGACCCAGGCUUGUGGCGACAUCCAGUCGACUAUCUUUGCAGCUGCGGCGAGAUCGGAAAGGCAAUGGCGGAUGAACUUUUAAUACGUGUACCGUUGCAAAUAAGUGGUGCACAGAAGCCUAACGGCACUGACCAUGAAGGAAAUUACAGUGCUUUCAUGGAUGUCGAAGGAGAAUACGAAGACGAAGAUGGAGAUCUAACUGCUAUAAUAAGAGAAUUGAGCGAGAGCUGUCAAGAUCAUCAAAGAGAACCCACACGUCGCUUGAUCUGUCAGAUAGCAGCCCGAAGACUUGUUGAACUCAAAAAAUAUCGAUUUGCCAUCUCAUACUGCAGAUCAGCUGAGGACUGGACAAUGCUUGGGCGCAUCGUUGAAAGCCUAAUGGAAGAAUACAUUACACAUGGACCUUCGCAUUACGUGCCUCUACUUGCCGACAUUGAGCCGUCGCUCCGCGCACUGCAAGAAGAGCCCGGUCCUCAUGGUGUAUUCGUCCAUCGUUUGAUGUUUGCUUUUCGGUACGCGGAGUUCCAUCGACGGAAGCUGGUCGGUGACGUGAGGAAUGCUGCAUCGGAACUCAUGUCCAUGUUUGAACAUGAACUUGCUCCGAGGGCAUACUGGGGUGUUUUACUAUACGACGCCAUUCCCUUCUUACAGGACGACCGGGAUUUGGGCAUCACGUCGAGCGCCGCUUGUCUAUUAUUAAGGCGGUUGGAAGAGGUAACACUCAGAACAAGUCAAGACAGUGGAGAAGAUUACCUCGGAAUACUAGGUCGGAUUCUGCGUAUAAGCGGACCGAGAGAGGUGCUCAGACGUUUAGACGUGUUACGGUUGGCGCUGGCGCGUUACUUAGCUCGAUGUACACUGGCGGGUCCCUCUUCAGCAAGUGGACCGUCGCCAAACGAUUUUUAGAGUGUGUCUUCUAGUGGGAAUAGCUGGUGUAAUUGCGCGUAUACUGGACUCAACAUGAGUUUAGGCUAAAAGUUACCUUUAAGUGAUACUCCUUACUUGUUUUAGCGAGUAUUCCUUAUCUUGGACGGACUUAUGAUCCGUAUAUUAUUACAUCCGGCGAACUCGGCGAUGCGCUUUCAGAGUUGGAAAUGCAUCUGCGUUUGUCAGAAAGAGUGCCGCGAAAUCGAAUUACGUGUCACUUGGGUGUGUAAAAUAAAUGAGUGCGAUCGGACCGUUAGAUUGUGGAAUGGAAUUAACCCCGCCCCGCUCGCGCGUAAUGAA